UCAGCCUCGGGAUUUCCCGAAAACAUAGUCGCGCCUGGCUGCCUGCCGCAGCAUCAUGAGGUGACGACAGGUCAUCACUCGAGGUCAGUGCGCGGUGGCUUCUGGGAAACAACCUUAGUGGCGUUUCUGAACAAGUCAUGAUUGGAAGACAGCCAUGAACUCAUCCGUGUCACGAUGAGUAGAACCGCUCACACCACUGCUUUCUAGGACAGAUUUCUAUAGCAGCUUCGAGAACGAGCUGUAAAUAGUGUAACUGUAAGGUAGAUACUGCCAGGUCACCAGAUUCAUUCCUGUACUACGACACAGACUUUCUUGCUUUUAUCAGAAGUUGUGUCGCUACAACAAACUGCUCCGGAGUGGUUGACAGCAGCCGGGGAAGGAGGAGUCUCAGAAGUGCUCGAAGAGAAACAGGAGCCCAUCACACCUUCUGUAGCUGUGAAACCUCACCACGCAUCAGUUCACACACAACAGACCUUAGCAACAACUGAUCAACAAUGGAGGAUCAACACAGAGAGGGAGAUUGAGGAGUGGGCAGUGACCCAUGACCUUACACGUGACACCCUGCGCGUACUGCGGGAGGAGGGGUUCUCCUCCAUGAGGAUGCUACGCCGCCUGACGCCAGAGGAAGUCGCUGACAGCUUCCAGAGACCCAGGCUGCUGCCCGUGGCCCAGUGCCUGGCCCUCAAAGAAGCAGUCAUGGAUCUGGCAGGAGAGACAACUCCCGUGAAGAGCCCGACACAGAAAGGGGACGUCACCUUUUCAAAGGAGAUGAAUGGACACAGCGAUGUUGCUGGAUCAUCCGGACACAGCUCACGAGGUAACCAACCCGCCAACAGACCUGUCUUUGGGAAUCCACAGUCAUUUUCUUCAAGUAGCCAGUCAGUUCCCAGACCUGUCUCUGAGGAAACACAUUUGUUCCCUUCAAGCAGACAAAUGUCAACCGACCGGCUUUUGUGGAUCAUCAACAGGACGGUCCUUCAAGUAACCAAGCUGCAAACAGACCUGUCUUUGGGGAUCACUCUUCUUUUGGUUCAUGUAAUCAAGCAGUUGGUAGACCCUCGUGCAGUGAGUCAUCACCCAGAACCUUCUGUACCGAAACUUCAGCCGACAGUUACUAUCAUCGUGACCUGAGAGCUCUGGAACAGGCUGGAGCUACAAGGAUGCCACGUGUGACAGGGGAGACGUUCCGCUUCCUGUUGGUGGGCAAGACAGGAGCAGGCAAAAGCACGACAGGAAACACUAUUCUUGGUGACGAGUGUUUCACCAGUGACGUGACAUUCGAGUCAGUGACUGACAUCUGUGAGCUGAAACGCAACACGCGACACGGCGUGACAUUAGAGAUUAUAGACUCUCCUGGCCUGUUCGACACCAGCCGGUCUCUGGAAGCCAUUGGUAAGGCGAUCGUGCGAGCCGUGGCCUGCAUGCAUCCGGGUCCUCACGCCUUCCUGUACGUCGUCAAGAUCGGCCAGAGGUUCACUGAGGAGGAAGCCGGAGUCUUCGAGCGUCUGGUGGCGCUGUUUGACGAGACGUUGUCGCAGUACACGGUCGUCGUGUUCACUGGUGGGGAUGGGCUAGAGGCGGCGGGAAGGUCGAUAAACGAGGUGCUGGCAAGUGCCCCGGCCCCCCUUCGCCAGAUCAUGGCGGCCGUCCAGAACAGGUACGUCGUCUUCAACAACGUGGCCGACAACAAAGAGCCGCAGGUGCUUCGCCUUUUGCAGGUGAUUCGAGCGAUGGUGGCGCAAAAUGGCGGGCAGCCUUACUCGUGUAGCAAAUACGGAGAGGUAGGGCACCGCCAUGGAGGAGGAAGUGGAGCGAAGGCUGGCGGAGCUGGAGAAGCGCCACCUACAACGGAAGCCGUACGUGCAGCAGCUUGAAGCCCAGACUCGCCAAGCGGAGACCGCGCUGAACAUCGAGAGGGAGGAAUUCCAGAGGAAGGAACGCGAGAGGGAGGAGGAGAUGCGUCAGCGGGAAGCGAAGCGCGAGGCCGACCUGCAGAACUUGCGG